AUGGCUCCCUCUCCUGGUCUGCCUCCUCCUCCUCCUCCCCUAGGCCGUCUACGUCUUGCCUCGCCGGCCGAUAUCCUGCGCAUCGGCAUCGUCGCUGCUUCUGGCUUUCCCUAUUCUUCCGUCUUUGACUGGGAGCGUCCAUAUCAUGCCAAAUUUCCUGAAGAUACCCUCCUUUCGUAUUGCCACGAGUUCUCGUCCGUCAUCAAAAGCACCGAGCACAUCGUCCUUGUCGCCACCGACAAGUUUGAUCCCAACGAAGGAACAAAGACCAAGGCAAUCAUCCCGGCUGACAAUGGUUGGCCUACCCCCGAACCUCAUGAUGAGGUGGUUGUCGGUGUGGCCUGUUGGAAACUCCAGCCUGGCUCAGACAGAAAAGGAUCCUUUCAAAAGGACGACGCCCCUUAUCCCGAACUCAUGAAAAACCCAAUGAGAGACAUGGACAAGGACCACUGCGACGAGCUUGACGAGCGCUGCGAGGCGGCGGAAGAACAGUACUUCCAGGGUCUCGCAACAAUGGAGAUGGUUGUCGUCCAUCCCGCGUACUGGAGACGUGGUCAUGGUGGUCGUCUAGUUCGGUGGGGCAUCGAUCUCGCCAAAAUUGACAAUGUCUGCCAAGGAGUCAUUGCAGCCGAGAUGGGCAAAUCGCUUUACCUUUCUCUAGGCUAUGAGGAACUCGAAGACUUGCACGUCGGCGGCGACGAGGGUAUUCAUGUCUCGGUCAUGCAAUACGACGUCAAGUCGGGCUCUGCUCUGAAGCGACUCUUAUCAAGGGUUACGCGACUGAGAGCACACAUUCCUAUACCAGCGUCAGUUGCAGCGCCACGACUUGGUCGGGUCUGCCGGAGAGUACGGCACUUCUUAUGUUAUGGCUAUUCAGCUAGAAGCUUCGUUGAGAAGGAGAAGGAGAAGGAGAAGGAUGGUGCAUUGGACCACCAAGAUAAAGGAAAAUCAUGGGAUAGGUCAACCCUGUCAUUAUGGACAGGGGUGCGAUAA